AUGUUAUUAAUGUGUACUUUAACUUUGUUUUUACAGUUUAUUUAUGAUGAAAAGGUCUCCUGGUGGGAGUCUAUGAUUUUGGUUCUAAUGUAUGCAGUUUACAUCCUCAUAAUGAAGUUCAACUCCUGCAUACAUCAAUGCUUUGAAAAGAGAAAAAAGGGAGCAGCAAACAUGGCAAAUGGACUAGCAAGUAAUGCGGAAUUAGAUGACAACGUAAACUGUGAUGCAACUGUGGUCUUACUCAAAAAAGGUAAUUUCCAUCGUAAAACGUCGGUGAUCAUGGUAGAUGAGAUCCUGUCAGCGUAUCCUCAUCAAUUAUCAUUCUCUGAGGCUGGUCUGAGAAUCAUGAUAACAAGCCACUUCCCCCCCAAGACUCGCCUUUCUAUGGCCAGUCGCAUGCUGAUAAAUGAGAGACAGAGAUUGAUAAACAGCCGAGGCUAUGCUAAUGGAGAGUCAGAAGUCUCUAUAAAGAUUCCAAUCAAACAUGCAGUUGAGAAUGGGACAGGCCCAGGGAACUCAACAGAGAGGAAUGCCAAUGGCACCAGAAAAGAUGAAGAUGUGGCUGAAGCUGGCAAUGAGACUGAAAAUGAAAAUGAAGACAACGAAAAUAAUGAAAAUGAUGAGGAAGAAGAAGAAGAGGAUGAUGAUAAUGAUGGGCCUUUCACACCUUUUGAGCUUCCCUCUGGAGCAGCUGACAGAGCAAAAUGGAUAGUAACAUGGCCAUUAUCUUUCCUUAUGUACUUCACGGUACCUAACUGUGCUAAGCCACGCUGGGAGAAAUGGUUUAUGGUUACUUUUGGCUCAUCCUCCAUCUGGAUUGCAGCUUUUUCUUAUGUGAUGGUCUGGAUGGUCACAAUCAUUGGCUACACCUUAGGAAUUCCAGAUGUGAUUAUGGGGAUCACAUUCCUAGCAGCUGGAACAAGUGUACCAGACUGUAUGGCCAGCCUGAUAGUAGCAAGACAAGGAAUGGGUGAUAUGGCUGUGUCAAAUUCCAUUGGGAGCAAUGUAUUUGACAUUCUUAUUGGACUUGGACUUCCAUGGGCGCUACAGACACUAGCAGUGGACUAUGGCUCAUAUAUCCAUCUGAACAGCAGAGGCCUGAUCUACUCUGUCGCUUUGCUUCUGGCUUCCUUGUUUGUUACGGUAUGUGGUGUUCAUCUAAACAAGUGGAAACUGGACAAGAAGCUGGGUGUGGCAUGUCUUCUCCUCUAUGGCGUCUUCCUGUGUAUUUCCAUCCUCACAGAAUUCAAUGUCUUUACAUUUGUGAACUUGCCAAUGUGCAGGGGAGGAAUCUGA